UUAAUCAGUUGUAUUCUGUACGGGUAAUAAAAGAAUAUGGGUGCAAUAUAAAAACUUUAUCAGACAGAUUAGAUCAGCGUCGUCCGCCGGUAGUUUGAAGGAGGAAAAAAAAAAACCCAAAACAAAACAGCGGGUCCGACCGGGUCCGUGAAGGCACCACCACCACCAGCAGCAGCAGCAGCCAUUCAGACGCUUCUCACCGCGGGGUGUGAGCGCUCCGAGUCUGUCUACAAUAACGGAUGACCGCUGGCUCUUUCACAGGAUGCACAGCCGUUAGUGAAGCGAUUAUUCCAGGGUUUUUUUUAUUUAUUUUUUUUUUUCAUAUAUGAACAAGGAAGUGAAGAGAUAGCGCCAGUCAAAGUUGAACAUAUCAGUUCAGGUUUAGGUGUCCGUUCGGUGGGUUUCUCCCAGUUCACAUGUGUUUAUGUACCAGUCGGUUCGGACUAACCUGCUGGGUACUGACCCAGACCUGGGUCACAUGUGGACUUUGAGCAGGUGUUGGGACUAUUUCUUAGUGGAAGCCUCCGCAGUGCUGGGUGUGUCAGUGAACAGGUCUUCUUGUCUUUGUUUCUUUGGUCGAUGCCAUGAUCUGACUUACCAUGGACAGCCUGCUGAGCGGGGCCAGUAAAGGGGCCAGUGCCAUUCAGUCAGUACACACUUCAUCACGUCACAGAUGCCACUCGCUGCCUUUACCCCUGUGUGACUGACUGCUCCAGAAACAAUAAAGCUUAAAUUCCUCUUAGCUCAAACAAACGAACCAUGCAUCUGCUGCUGUCUCUUGGUGUCUUUUGGCUGCUGCCCCUGGCCUUAACACUGGAAGAAGACUCACCAGUGGACUGUUUUCCUCGUAGAACUGUGCUGUAUCACAGGGACAAUGCUUACCUGUUUUAUGAGGAGGGAGUGUACAACUACUCCACCAUGUUGUUGAGAGAGGACCUGGGUCUGCUGAUGCUGGGUGCCAGGGAGGCUGUGUACGCUCUUGACCUCAAUGACAUCUCAAAAAAACAGGCUUCAGUGAAAUGGGAAGUGACAGAACAGCAGCAAAACGAGUGUAAAAACAAAGGAAAAGAUCCAAAGCUGGAGUGCAAAAACUACAUCAGGAUCCUCCAUAAGAUGGAGGAUGGCAGGAUGUAUGUUUGUGGAACUAAUGCUUUUGAUCCUGAGUGUGAUUACAUGUCGUACAUGGAUGGAAAGCUGACUCUUGAGAAGAACACAGACGAUGGAAAGGGGAGAUGUCCAUUUGAUCCUUUCCAGAGACACGCCUCCAUCAUGGUCGACAACGACUUGUAUUCAGCCACUUCCAUGAAUUUCCUGGGCUCCGAGCCUGUGCUAAUGCGUAGCCCUCCUCAGUCCAUACGUACUGAGUUCAAAUCCUCCUGGCUCAAUGAGCCUGCAUUUGUUUCAAUGAUUCAUAUGCCAGAGAGUGACAAAAGCCCUACAGGAGAUGAUGAUAAGGUUUACCUGUUCUUCAGUGAGACAGCUGUGGAGUGCGACUGCUACAACAAACUGGUGGUGAACCGUGUGGCCCGUGUCUGCAAGGGGGAUCUUGGAGGUGAAAGGACUUUGCAGAAGAAGUGGACAUCCUUCCUGAAGGCCAGAUUGGACUGUCCGGUGCUGGAGUCCCAACUGCCGUUCCUUAUCCAGGACACUUACCGCUGGUGUGACCCCCAGCGGCCUUGGCAGGACUGUUUGUUCUACGCCGUCUUCACUCCUCAGUCUGACACAUCAGACCUGUCUGCAGUGUGUGCGUAUAACAUGCUGGACAUCGCCAGAGUGUUUUCAGAGGGGAAGUACAAGGCCCCAGUCCAUGUAGAAACAUCUUUUGUUAAGUGGGUGAUGUAUAGCGGAGAUGUCCCCGUCCCUCGUCCUGGAGCUUGUAUAGACAAUGACGCUCGUAAAGAGGGCAUAAAUCAGACCCUGGACCUCCCAGAUCGGACACUUCAAUUUAUCAGAGAUAAGCCCCUCAUGGACCAAGUUAUCGAGCCAAAAGGAGAAGAACCCCUCCUGGUGCGAAGGGGGGCAAAGUUUACACGUAUCAUAGUUAACCAAGUGCAGGCUGCAGAUGGCAAGAUGUAUGAUGUGAUGUUUGUUGGCACAGAGGACGGCACCAUACUGAAAGCUGUGAACUAUGAUAAAGAAAUGUUCAUCAUUGAGGAAGUUCAUCUCUUCAAGUCCCCAGAGCCAAUCAAGAUCCUUCAAUUCUCUCAAAAGACGGGUUGGCUUUAUGCAGGCUCAGAUUCCGGGGCAGUUCAGAUCCCACUGGCCACCUGUCGGAGGUCCUCAUCCUGUAUGGACUGUGUUCUUGCCAGAGACCCGUACUGUGGCUGGGACAAGGAUGCUGGGAAAUGCACUGACCUUUCUAGCACACAAAAAGAACUAAUCCAAAGUGUAAAAGAUGGAAAUGCCUCUCUCUGCCAAGAUACUGGCCCCAUUAAGCCUUUAGAGGAGUCCAUUUGGCCAGGUGGGAAUUUGAAGCUGGAUUGCCCUAAACCCUCCAACCUGGCGACAACCAGCUGGGAACGGGACAACCGACCUCUGACUCUUUCAAGUCGCCAUGAGCUUUUACAAGAUGGACUGCUUAUCCUAAAUGCCUCAUUAGCAGAUGCUGGUUUGUAUCACUGUGUGUCUAUCGAGCGCUCCAAAACAGAUGAGUACACAAGUACUGUGGCCAUGUACGAUGUCACUGUAAUGCCUCCUGGCUCUGGAAAGGGGGAUCGCACAUCGUUUCCCGAGGCACAGAGGGAUGGCCCCUCCGUGGCCGGUCUGCAGGCAGUAGUUGCACUCCUAACAAUUUGUCUUGUUGGCCUUGUGGGGUGGAACUGUUACAAAGGACACCUUCCUGUGCCUUGGAAAAACAGAAACAAGAAUGGAGGGCAAUCCCAGGAGAACCACGAGCAGGGGGACCUCAACGGCAGCAGGAUCCAGCAGGACACACGGCCCGAGAACAAGCCUCUAGUGUCUGCAGUAAACAGCGGCAGCAGCAAUAACAACCACAACAGUGAGGAAGCAGCAGACGCAGAGAAUGUUAACCAACCAUCUUUGCAGUACAUCGAUGAUGAGUCUGAAAUCUGACAAUGGAAAACACACCGACCAGUUUGGUUUCAUACAAUGGGAUGUUUUAAAUCUGACUGAUGUGUGGAAAUGUCACAAAUGAUUUUUUUGAUGAGUUAAAUCAACUGUUCGAAGGAAACUUUUCCAUCAACUGUUCGAAGGAAACUUUUCCAUCAAUUUAUGGAAAAUUUUGGAAUAAAAAAAUCAUAUGUGGUUCAAAGACUCCAAACUGAAACUGAACCAAGAGAUAAACCUGUUUAUACAAGAAUGAUGGAACACUUGAAUACUUGUUUUCCUACAGUGGUAUUUACACUUGAACAUUGGUUUGUCCUACAGCUGUCCACUGAUUUUUUUUCCUCCUUCAAAUCCUGUAGAUUUAAACAUUUUCAAAUUCUCAUUUUACUUUUACAGGGCAUGUAAAUGAAUUGGAGCAAUUUACUUUCAAAAUUUUUGCCACAAACUGCAAAGACUGUUAUUUUAUUAAAUCUUUUCUACUGGUC